AUGCUGUAAGUUUGACAUAGUGAAUUAUAUUCAGUGCCAAUAUUCUUCAUAAUUUCCUUUAGCUGACAUUACGUUUCUUGUGUGCACACUCUUCCUGCUGUACUCGUGCAGCAAGACAUCCCCUUCAUAGAUUAUGCAUGCUCUUGAAGCUUUUGUUGCAACCUCCACUAUCUGAUUAGCAUAUCUUAUGUGUGCCAACGCCUCUACUAGUCUGUGCGCUGUGGUUGCCACCAUGUAUUUUGCAUCUUUGGGGAGACCAUUGUUAUCAAAAGUUGCUGUGCUGGCUUCCUUUUGUUAAGUGGAACAGGCAUCCUGGUUGUUCAUAAAAACUGAUAAGCAGUUAUCCAAACUCUCUAUCUGCUGCUCUUCUGUGAAAGGUCUGCACAUCUGUGCUCUAGAGUUUCGAUCUUUGGAUGGCGUGACCUAGCUGUGCUGCUGCAUGGCUUCAUUUUAUCUCGUGCGAGGUAUUCGGUUAGAGUGACGCAUCUCACCAGCCUCUGUGUAGUAGUCAAUACAGGGAUGAGUUGCAGUAGCAUGUCGCCUGGAGACGUGAGAGGGAUCCACCAGACAAACCAGCAUGCCAACCCGACAACUGCACUAGGUAUUGGCUGCAGCCCCAUGGGGAGUAGCGACAUUAGAACACUGCACCCUGCCAUUGACUCUGACCGAGGGUUGAGUGCGAACAACUUGCCUAACAGUGGCACUGGCAGUAUGCACACAGCCAUGGAACGGGAAAAGGUGUCUGUCCACAGUGGCAGCACCAGUGGGGGCGGAAGCGGCAGCAACCUUGGCAACCCAUCUCCAUCUGGCGAGAACAUGGGCAACUCUGCUGGCACUGGUGGAACUAACAGCAACUCUCCUGAGAACUCGGCUGGUGCAUCGAAAGACGAAGAAGAGCGCAGUGGGCCUCCGCAGCCUGCAGCUAAUAAGACUGGCAAGGAGCUUGUCCUGGCACCUCCUCGGGAAAGCAAACGGCCCAACAUGAAAAAGAGGAUGGACCUGUCACUGGCAGACAAGGUUAAGAUAGUCUACUCUCUCAAGGAGCCUGGAGCAAAGCAUGGUGCAGUAGCGAAACUCUACGGCGUUGCACGGUCCACUGUUUGCAAGAUAAGCCAGAAAUCUGAAGAAAUCCUGCUUCAGUUUGAAACGGACAGCAACCAUGACCGCAAACGGCGACGUGAAGGCAAGGAACGCCAGGUAGGAGAAGAACUGUAUACGUGGUUCCAGAACCAGGUUGCACAAGGGUCUCGCCUGUCGGGCAAUGAUAUAAAGGAAAAAGCACGCCUACUGGCUGCCCAAAAAGGCCAUCAUUUUGAACCUUCUGAUGGCUGGCUCAGCCGCUGGAAACAGCGGCAUGGACUGUCAACACCCCGAAAGGAAUCCUCCGCCUCCCAGCACCACUCAUCCCAGUUGAGCGGAGUAAGUGCUUCCACCCCACCUCAUUGGGUUUCCAGUGCAGAACUUGUGGCGCUUCUAAAGCAGUACUCAGCCGACAAUGUUUUUGCGGCUGCUGAAGCGGCACUCUAUUACUCGGCCUAUCCAGCUGAUCGCUGCCAGCAGGAGUUGGUUAAAGACAAGAAGGCAACUGAGCGCAUCACACUUCUCAUUUGUGCUAAUUUGACUGGUACAGAGAAGAGGCCAUUGCUGCUUGUUGGGGACAGUGGAGCAUCUCGGUCCUUUCCAGACGACCCUUCACGGCUGCCACUCAUUUGCAAGUUUGCACAAAAGGCACGGAUGAAUGCUGCCAUUUUCACGGAGUGGCUUUCAUUCUGGGACUGGCAGUUAGGUCUCCACCAGCGCAGUGUGCUCCUGCUUGUUGAAAACACCCCAGCUCACACAUCAAGUGCCCACCUGGAGAAUGUGCGACUUUAUUUUCAUCCACAGCCAAUACUCAAGGGGGUUGCACGCAAUCUUAAAGCCCACUACCGUUCACGGUUGUAUGGGCGGGUCUCAGCAUCUCUGAGUGUUCAGCGAAACACCCGGGCUGCCGACUUGAUUCGAAAGACAACAGUACUUGAUGCACUGUACUUAGUGCGAGAGUCGUGGGAUUCUGUCAAGGGAGACACUGUCUCUGGAGUGUUUGCUCAGGUGGGGCUUCCGUUGUGUGGAACACCGCUGCCACGAGGCGGAGCUGGUGUAACAGGCAUGCAGGAUGUCUCAGUGCCACCAGGGCUGACCUAUGACGAGUUUUGCCGUUUUGUCAACCUGGAUGACUUUUUAGAAGGUGUAGUUGAUCGAGUAACAGAGACCCAAGAGGAUGAGUACGAGGUAACGGAUGAGGAAGCACUGAAGGCGAUCGAUUUCCUGCGUACAAUGGCUAUGCGGGAAGGGCGGGAUGAGUGGUACCGAUCGAGCCGGGAGAUGGAGGACUUCUGGUUGCAAAGGAUGGCCAACAAAAAAAAGCAGCAGCCUCAGCAGCAGCAGCCACAGCAGCAGCAGCAGCAGCAACAACAACAUUGAGUUUUGUAUUAUAUGAGCCACUUAAAACCGGUGUGAUUAAAUCAUCUUUCAUGCAGUUGUAGAAUAAGGGCCUCAAAGAUAUUGCAUCAGAUCCAUUGUGCAUGUGCGACAUGCAAACAACAUUUGGGUGGUGGUUUGGGCGAGUUUGUAUUCCAUGGCGUUUUCUUGCAUUAGCGCAACUCGGAAUGAGUGAAGGAAACAAGAUGAAGAAACAGGAAACAGGAGGCAUCCUCCUGUCUCCUGUUUCUUCUUGUUUGUCUUGUAUCCUUCACUUAUUCUGAGUUGCAUUAAUUCAAGAAAACCACAUUUGGGGCUCGUGUAGGACAUGCUAUUUUUCAGGUAUAAUUGGCCACCCUAAACUUGCUCCACAAGUUCUGUGCCUACAAACAUGGUGGCACCCAUCUAAGCAACAGCUCUCACCUCACACUAAAUUGGACUAGCUUUCUGAGCAACCUAUAGUGUUCAUAUGCCUAUCACCUUCAUUUCAUGUAAAUUGCAAAGGUUGAGCAACCAAUUACUGCUAUUUUUUACAUCACUUGUCAAUUUUGGAAGCUCGUAGACCCAAAACGGGAAGGCAUUUCCAUUGCUAGUCGAGCGGAUGGAAAUGACUGAGCAUCAGGAGCCAAUCAUUGCAAAGCGGCUGAUAUUCUCAUUUAUUUGUAUUAGUACUUAGAAUUGAUAUGAACACUGAAAUGCAUGUAUGCACAUCAUUUAGUUUGUUUUUAUUUUUUGUUUUGCCGUAGAUUGGCUUUUUAGCUGUGGUGGCACCACAAGAGCAAGAUGCAAAGCUUGACCACAAAACUUGCCACUUUUGCAUAUCCUAAUUCUGCCAUGAACAAAGCUUAUUUGGGCCCUAAACUUUUGUAUGUCUAUUCUAAAAUUCUUAUUUGUAGCACUGCAGUUAUGUGCCAUGGGAACAAUUCUUGAGCAUGCUGUGUUUGAGAAGUGUCAAUUAAGUGUGGUCAUGAAUGGCUGCUUUUACUUUUCUUGUUGCACCUGAGAGCAGAAGUAAGCACUGCAGGUGUUGUAAUGCUGACUUAAGCCCAAUGCCCUGAUAAGGCUCAAAAGUACAUUUCCAAAGGUGUCUGUGUGUUUGUUAAUGUUGUUCCACUGUGUAUAGCACUUAUAAUGAUAUUUACAAAACUGUAAAAUACCAUCAUUAAAACUGAUUGUGUUAAUAUCUGGAAUGGCCUUUGAAAUGCCUCUAAUUUUACUGUUAUGUAAGGGUGCCACUUUAUGAUUUUGGGAGAGUCCAAUGUCAAAAAGAUUGCCUUUAAGACGACUCAGCACUACGGCUAAGCUCUAGGGAUCAUAUGUUCCGGUUAUGUAUGAGCAAUUUAACCUGUGAAAAAUGACUUUAUAUAAACAUGUAAACAAGUUUGUAAGAAACCGGUGUUUUAGCAACUUAAAUAUGUUUGAAAUGUAUACUUAUUUCUAUGGAUGCUUGCAUCUAAUGAUCACAUUCCGCGUAGCAGUCACUGCAUGUAGGCUGAAGGCAGUUCUUGAAGUGCACGAAAGUGCAACAAAAUUUUGAAGCACACAGAGCAGUGUGUCUGCAAUGCAUCCAGCCUAUAUUGGCAUUGUUUUGUUAGCAGAAUUUCAUGGUUUAACGUCAUUUGAUGCAUUGUUUUCCUGGAAAGCAGCAUUUCCAAAGUAAGGAUUUCAUUAUAUCUGAUUAGCAUCUGAUAUAAUAAUUAAAUGCGGAUUAUUACAGCAGUUGCUGAAUCAUGUCAGCAGUUCCCAGAUCAUGUCAAACAGGCGGUCUAGGUCACCGUAAGACGAUGUGACAGCAGCCAACUAGGUGCAACGUCAUCCCUACAUUUACUCGAAAAGGUGAAGGCAAAGUGAUAAGCAAAGCGGCCGCAGUGUCCAGCCCGGCUGAGAACGAGGGUGCAUUCUGUUUGCUCAUGGCUUGAGCUGCUUGCGCAUGCAUAGUUCUGAUAAUUUUGUCGGAUGAGGACUUGCGGUGAUAAAAAUGAAGCUACAUUCACCAUCUUCAGUUUUGGCAAAAUUUACAUAUGUUGCAUAUUUACCAGGAAGCACCAUUUCAAACUUAUUCAGUUAACUGUCUCUCGAAAAAUGAGAGCAUUCGAGGUUUGCUAAUUUCUGUUUUGAAUUGUUGCUUCUAAUGUGGGAAAUUUGAACAUGGUCACUUUUUGUUUCACACGCUCUUAUCGUGAGCGGUUUCAGUUGUAUUUAUUCCACAAAAGGGGUAGAAAAGUUUUUCAAAGGCUAAUAAGAAUUCACUUGCUUGCUCCCGGAUCUACGAAGUUCUCAGCAUUCUUUCUCUGCUCCAAUUCUUAGUUCUUUAGGCUGUAUGUUACUGCUGCACCGUUGAUGAUUUUGGGUCACACAGGGUGUUUAAUGCCAUGGCUGAUGGCUGGGAUAAAAUAAACGUUUCAUGUCUUAAGUGUCCGAGUUCUUUUGUAUACAUGCGGUGUAAAGACACGUUUGCAAUAUUUAUAGCAGGAGAGUUGCACUGACUGUGCCAAGUUACCGCACUCACCAGGGUAACUUAGUGGCUGUGGUGUUGCGCUGCUGAGCUCAAGGUCGCGGGUUUGAUCUCUGUUGUGGCGGCUGCAUUUUGAUGGGGGUGAAAUGCAAGAACGCUUGUGUACUUUGAUUUAAGGGAACAUUAAAGAAUCCCGUUUGGUCAAAAUAAUUGAGGAGUCCCCCACUGUGACGUGCCUCAUAAUCAUAUCGUGGUUUUGGCAUGCAAAAAUUCAGGAUUAAUUUUUUUUUUCCUGCUGAGUACAGCACUUUCAGUGAUUCACUUGUACAGGUGCUGGUCUACCCCAUGGCGCAUGAUGAAGGUACCUAAUACCAUAUGUGGGAUCAGUGUAAAUUAAAUUGUUGGUGCAUUCCUGUUAACAUUUCCCUAAGCAUCUGAUGGACAUAUUUGUUCUGGGGUCAUUUUUACCUUAUUUGCAGCAUAAAAUCCUUGCAGCGGCCAAUAAGCUGAAUUGGCCACAUUUGUCACUUUAUAACCUGUUGGGUAACUACUGAUUGAUGGAGCAUAUCUUCAGCUUUCAUUUGUGCAUUGUAGGAAAAAAUUUUAAGUGGCCUUCUUGAGAAAGUGAUGUUUCAAAAUUUUACAUUUUCACUAAACCACUUCAUUUGAGUGAAAUUUUAAAAUAGAAAGUCGUUUGCCGGAGCCACAAAAUUUGGCCUGGAAAUAACAUAGAUGUAUAAUAUGGACAAGUUUUGUGCUCUUCCUUUAAAACCUUUCCACUAAUAAAUUCCUAAAUAAUGUGAUGCGCCAUGUGGUGUCAUUGCAAUUUCUCUUCUUCAAAAAUGACACCCACAAACUGGUGUAAUAAAAUUUGUUGCAGGUUCCACUUCUUUUCAAGUCAGAAAAAGCAUUGCACUCGGGGAAUAUGUUGCGUUCUUACAAUAUAUGCCUGUAGUGGAGAAAUUAUUGACUUUCCUGAAAAAAGGGCUCUUGAUGUUAUCAGGCACAGUGUUUUUUGUAAACGAGAAAACAUUUUUUACCUUCAAAUCAAGUUCCAAAUUGUAUUGUUUAGGUGAGAAAUAUGCAGCAUAUGUAAAUUUCUUCAAAUUUGAAGAUGGUUACCUGGGUCACCUGUUCCAUCUUAUCUGGAAACAUCCAGCUGUUGUAGUCCCAUAGCAGCUGCAUUGGCAGUGUUGUAUGUUGAUGCCAUAGACUGUUGUCUGGGUUGUUCCCCAGUAAUGAUCAUCAUCACAUGGUUGUUCCAACACAAAAAUAAAAUGCUUAAAGAAUAGCAGACACCUGUGAUUAUUGAAAUGGUGAUCUUUCAUUUAGAAAAGUGAUGUUUCAAACAAGUGUGCAUUGGGAUGCUGACAAAGUGCAUUUGCUAAUAGGAGCAGGAACUCGUGAGCUGGCUUGUGCAGAACAGAUUACAGUGCAUGAUUCUGUCUGGAUCAAGUGUUUAGAUGAAAUAAGUUAAGCAAAGUAGGCUGACCAUAGGCUUCCUGCUAUGAAGUCUGGCUUCAAACAAAUUGUGUAGUGCAAAUUGUUUGCAGUGCUUUGUGUGUUUACUGCAGCUGAUACUAUGUGGAACACUGCGAGCCUUACUGCACAUUAUAGUGUGCUUGCUCUUGCUAUCAAUGCAUUGUAUUUUCGGCAAAGCUGCAUUUUUGUUUUUACAUAGCUGAUGUAAAUUUUCUUAAUCUUAAAAAGUGGCUCAUGAUUACAAACAACAUAAAAGUUGUAUGUGGUAUCAUUAUAAGUGCGGUGCACUGUAGUACUUUUUUGUCAUUGAAAUGCCUCACACAUUUUCCAAUCCUGCUGCUGUGGUAUUUUUGUUGUCAGGAACUUUGCGAGAGAGCUGUGUUAUAAUGAAAUUGGUAGUUAAAUAGCAAUAACUUUACUCACAGCUUUGUUACGACAGCUGCUGUGCCUUGUGGCAGCUUUGGGAAGUAAAGGUGUUUGUACUAACUGCUGCAUUUCAAGUGGCUGAUAUUUCAGAAUUCUAGCAAUGGCCAUGUUUCGUGAUGUGCUGUUGAUUCUAAAGCUUGGGCCACAUGCCACAUGGCAAAAAUCCGAAAGAAUGAAUUGAGUUGAAUGGAAUAGCCUUUAAUGAAGAAAUAAUGGAGGCUUGCACAAAUGAAAUUGUGGCUUGAAGAUUUUUUUGUUUUGUUUUCAGUAUGUUUGACUCUGGGAAAGUACUAUAACUUUAUUAGCUGUGUGAAUUAAGACACUUAUCAAAUAUUCACGCACUGGUGAAUUUGGAACUUGUUGAAAUGGCAUGACACAAUGUAUAUAUGUAAGUGACCAGGCAUCUCAAUUUAGGCCCUACUUUUGCAAACAUGGUCCCGCUGUCUCAGUGGUGCUGUGUUUUGUCCCGACACUCUGCAAGGAAGUUUACAGCUACAAAAUUCUCCAAAAUGUAGGCAGUGCCACCAGAUCUGCACUGGAAUAGUUAUUUUGCUUAACCGCAGCAGGUGUGUGCGAGAAAUUCUGUGGUCAGAUUGUCGGAAUGACAAAAAAAGUCCCAUGCAAAUGCCCAGUUUCAAUGUUACUCACAUGCGACAGCAGUACAGUACAUGACUCUUGGCAGGCCCAUUACAGUGGAAUUUCGUUGAUACGAUUCUGCAUAAUACGUUUUUAGGGAUAAGUUUUUUUCUUAUAUACCGUUUAUUUUUUUUAUAUACGAUUAUGUUCAGAUAAUACGAUUUUCGGAUGAUACGUUUUAUUUUCUGGUUCCUGUGAAGGUUGUAUCAAGGGGAUUUCACUGUACUAAUAUCUGCCCUCUGUUUUAAUACAAUUGCUUAUAACAUGUGCCGCUCAUACACACCCUAUGCUAUCAAAGCUGUGGGUGGAGCAAGUUACUGACAUUGUGGAUGUUGGGCAAAGAUGCUGGCAGCAUCGUGGCCGUGUCUCCAUUGUCAUUGUAGGCAAGCCACCUGUAGUAACUACCUCAUUGUGGGGAUAUCACGAGGGCAUGUAGGAAUGCUUGGAACUGCACGUUAUAUUUAGGUUUGGUGACAAGAUUUUUUUCUUUUUCUUUCGUUUUCUUUAGCACUUCAAACUGCAGUGAGCUAAACCACUAGGCACCACCAUGAUUGCUACCACGUAUAGAGCUCGCUGCGCGCCCGCGCUCCUCCAUUUAUUCAACCUUCUCUCCGUCGAUCCCCUCGUGUGCACUGAGCCUGGCUGUGCUUGCUGUGCUCUCCAUGCUUGCUUCCACUUCGCCUCAUUUUAACAUGAAUAGUUCUCUUUCUUUAGCUCUAUUGCCCAUUUUAGGGAUCAGUGAUUAGUGGUCGGACUUUCACUGCAGAUACAAAGGCACUGAUACAAAGAGCACAUGCUCUCAUGCAACCAAGUUGCAGGGCCCAUUUUGCCUAACACGAGCAGCAAAUGUAGCAGAUUAAAAACACCUUUGAUGUGAACGUAGUUCUCGCAUACUUAUGAGUUUAGCUAUGCCAUUUAAAACACUAAAAUAAAUAUUUCAUCAAAUUUCAUUGAACAUCCAAGGCUCUUAUGGAGGUUGUGAACAUAAACAAUGAAUGAUGAUGUGAGUACAGCUUUGUUGUAGACAUGCCCCACUACAUAUGUACUGGUUAACAGCUCUGUUCUCUAUGGAAUUGCCCAAAGAAGCAACAAAUGCUGUCUAAAUGUCCUCAUUGCAACAAAUAUACGCCUUCAAGCGCAUCAUUCCUUUAAUAAAGUGAAUAGCUUUCUAGUAGUAUUUGGCUUUUCGAUUACAUUGACAGUCACCGUCAAUGAUUGCUGCGAAAUCUUUUUCCCCUUUUUGCAGUGGAGUGAUAGUUGUUUGGCGGCCCAGUGUAUAAUCAUUCCGCGAAGAAAGCAGACAACGGAAAGAAAGCACAGGGGUAUGUGCAUUGCUGAAAUGGCAGUACCCUCUCCCCUUUUUUCUCGAAGGCUUUGCACAUGAGCGCCUUCAGCUCACACUGAAUGCAAUAUUACAUCCACUAGCACAUCGUUUGAGGUACUUUAAGGAGGAUGUUACUACUUUAUUGUUUUUUUUCUUCCUUUUUUUUGUAUUGCUAAAUUUUAUUGUAUCUAAAGUUGGUCAGUUCAAGCAUUAUGGAACAAGCUAACCUCCUGAAGAUUAGGCCACACUUUCUGCUGCAUUGAUAUGUGUGCAAAUGAAGCAGUGGCAAAGUUUCAGUGGCAGUAGAACCCAUUUUUAAUCAAUAACGACAUUAUUGAGAAAAUUUUAAGUCGGGCUAGAUAGAUUGAUCACUUUUGGGAGACAACUGAGCCUUUUUUUCAAGGUCAGAGACAAAAUAAGGAAGGAAAAAGUCCCCAAGUUUAAGAUGCAUGGCAAUGUCAUUGACCCUUGCUUCAGCAACUAAGUACAAUGAAUGCUUGUAUGCCAAGAGUCGGACAUUGGGAGGCAUUCAGUGGUCCUCGUAAUUUUUUUUGUCUCUGUUUCUAAUAUUAAGGAUUGUGGAGCAACUACUGAUGUGCCAAAGAGCUGCAUGAAGUAGGAUAUUGCAACACCAAUGUCAUUGUUGUUUGUGCAUAUUAAGCAUUGGGAAAGAAUGCUUACCAUUAAUUUGUAAUGUUACAUGCUAUUGGUCUUAUUUUCCAUUGGCGCUAAUGCCAAGACAGUUCCUGGACAGUGAUCUGCCAGUCUAGUCUGUGUGAGGGGAACAUUCACCUUCAGUGACUCUUUAAUACACCUUUUUUUUGCUUGCGCUAUUAGCAUAGUUCUGCGUAAUACGCUAGGCCCAAGUUAUAGCAGAAUGUGCUAGAAUUUCAGUGUUGUCUCAUUUCCUGAAGAUCUUUUUCAUCUUCCACUAUUGUGAAAAAGCAUGUACAUUUGCAGCAAAAGUAAAUAAUUAUGACUGGUGCUCUAACUGAGUUGAUCGCUGAGUAUGAAGCUGCAAAUUUGAUACCUCAUUGCAGUGGCCACAUUUAAAUGGUAGCAGAAUUCAAUGACAUUCAUGUAUUGAGAUUUCAGAGCACAUUAAAAAAGGUGGUCGAAAGUUGGAGACUUCCCAUUGCCUUCAUAGCCAUUCGUAACCCAGGUGUAGCCUUGGGUAUGUUAAAACCAAGCAGUUAUCAGACAUUUAUUUCAUGCGUUCAGGUGACUUCAGCGGACAUUUUUUAACAAGCGUGUCUCCCACAGAUGCCAGCAACACAUGGUUAGCUUGUCUGUAAAACGACAAAGAAACUUAAGUAGAUGCACCCUCACGCUCCACUUAAUAGACAGUAGUAGAGCGUGGGCAGUGUUUGAUGUUGUGCUGCCGGUAUGAGCGUUCUGCACACAUGCAUUAGCACUCUUGCACUAGUGCUUGUGCUGAGUAGGUGGGUGCAAAUUGUUAGAAUACACGGGCCUGAGCAGAACGAAUUGUAAAUGCAUUGAUAUUUAGCCUAGUAGAAAUUUAGGAGAUGCGCUUUUGCGUGGCCUCCUCCGUGAGAAAUAGAAGCCCACAGGCUCCGAAUUCCCAUUGGAUUGUAAUUGCAGUAGACCACUAGCCAGUCAUUUUAAUUUGCCUGUAGGUCUUUUAGGAAAGCCUUGUUCUGGCAUACCGUGUGACCCAACUAACGUUAGCCAAGCUGUUCAACGGAAAAAAAAAAGAUGAAAGGAACACGGUCCAAGAUGCAAUUAUAAGGCCUUUGGUGUUCGGUCGUAAGUAUUCUGAUGACCGAACACCGUAGGUCUUAAAAUGGUAUCUUGCACCGUGUUUUUUAAAGGGGCCCUGAACCACUCUUUAUCAAAGUAUAGGGAGGCAUUUGGAGUGAAAAUAGGCUCUUUCAGAAAUACUUUGCUGCAAAAAGUACUUCAAUGCGUUUAGCAGAAGCGGAGUUAUUGGUAAUAAAACACGGGCCUCCGCUGUGCUCCCGUUCAUUCUACAAUGUUUUGUACUGCGAAGGCUACGGCGGAGGGGGGUGUGGCCACAAUGCUCCGUCUUCUAAAUGUCACCGUGGCGCGCAAUUCAAAUUUAAUUUUGGAUGUUAACAUAGAUGCCAUGACUUUCGAUAUUGGUGCCUACGAUACGCUAAACGUUAGCCAAACGUGGUUGUCCUCAGCGAGCCGUAGUGCACUUAGCCAGUGGACUUGUGGCAGCACCCCGCGGCGGCCACGGUAUUUACGCUACGUAGCCGACCACAGCUACUAAUAGAAGCCACAUAUGGGAAUCCGCUUUAUUAUGAAAUGAAGUGUCCAGAAGAGAGUGAGAAGCAGGCUUCUGUUUGAAAAGAAAGCACUUGAGAGAAAGGACACUUCGCACUCUGCUGCGAGGUCCACGCACUGCGUACGACAGCAAAUCUUGGCUGAGAUGUUCACAGCAGCAGCGUAUACUACCUGCGGACUAUGUUAUUUCACCAAGCCUAAGGGGUGGUUCGGGUGCCUUUAAAUAUUUUUUUCGUUGGAACAGCUUGGCUAACGUUAGCUGGGACACCCUGUAUAUUGGACACUUCGCACUCUGCUGCGAGGUCCACGCACUGCGUACGACAGAAAAUCUUGGCUGAGAUGUUCACAGCAGCAGCGUAUACUACCUGCGGACUAUGUUAUUUCACCAAGCCUAAGGGGUGGUUCGGGUGCCUUUAAAUAUUUUUUUCGUUGGAACAGCUUGGCUAACGUUAGCUGGGACACCCUGUAUAUUGGCCUAUGCAUAGCACAAGCAGUCUUUAAGCAUUGUUAGAGCACACCCAUUCAUAUGCAAACGUGGUCAGAAUUUCUAAAAAAUUCAAAUGAUCUUGGAAGCAGUGUUAGCUGUUUCAAGAUCAAAAUGUUAGAAGAUGCAGUAUUCUCAUAUGCAGGGAAAAUUUUUUACUGCUUGUCUUACUUAAGAACCACUGUUUAGGAUCCUCAAUAUUUGAGGUGUUUUGCUGUGAGUGUGAAUAAAUAAUAAUAAAAAAAGAUAGUGAUACCUUUCUGCAUAUUUUUGUGGUCACAGGUAAAUUUUAUUGCUUUAAGUGCUGUUCUGAAUGCUACAGCAGUUCUUGUGCCAUUUUUUAGUACUCUUAUCAGUAAUGUUGUAACCUGCACAAGGAAAAGUAAAACAAGGUACUGUAUAAUUUUCCCAGAAUAUUUUAUUGCUGUGCUCUUGCUCUUGAGUAAUGAGUGUGCAUAAUAUGCAUUUUAAGGUAGCUGUUAAUUUGACAUGAAAAUUUAUACAAAAAUCUAGGCAUUGAAAACAUUGCCUGAUAGUGAGUAGGUUACAUUAGAGAGUUUUAGAUUAGGAGACGAGAAUGGCUUUGGCUCUUCUUGCAUACGCAAACGGUUUGAGUCUCAGCAAGACCCAAGAAAAGUUCUUGCAUCCUCUAAUCUAAAACUCAGUGUGCAAUCAGAUUGGAUGUGUAGCACUCAUGCAUUAUUUAUUAGUGAAAAGAAAGUAACUGUGUAUUGAACUUUACUUUAAUGUCUAUUUUUUUUAAAUCACUGAUUUGAAUUGCAUAGGCAAUACUAGCAGUGGCUAAAUUAUCUUAAUUUUCAUCAACAUUGUGUAUGAUUGUAUGAAUUGCAGUGUGUGUGCAGCUGUAUUUAUACAUUUACAUUUGUAUUUAUUCACGUGAAUUCAUGCUUCUGUGUGUGCUCAUAAGGUACAUCCUCAUUAUCUUUAAUUACAAAUGUUUGCUAGUUCACACUAAAUUGAAGUUGCACGUGUGUCAUUCCUUGCAAAAUAUGAAUAGACAAUAUUGCUCUUAUGCCUGAAGCAUUGCUUGGGCGUGUGAUUUCGUUUUAUCACCGUGUACUCUUAAAGUGCUGGCAUUAAGAUCUUCACAGUGAUGCAAACUUGCAAAUGCUAUACAUUUCUCCACUUAAAAAGGUCACAGAACAGAGGAAUGUUCAAGCACAUUCUGAUAUGAACAUAGUGUCACCAGAUGUCAUUACCAGAGCUGCUGUUAGCAUUUCUGCCUUACUGAUUGUCUAAAACAAUAAUGCUUAAGCCUAUUUACAUACUGGCUAAAACUCCAAUACUGUUUGCGUUAAUGUGACUGAAGGUGCCCAGGAUCUUCUAUCAUGUAAUUUUUGAAUACAGUGCUCAAGGCAAGUACGUAAAAUGAAUGGUCAGUGUGGUUCAAUAUCGACAGUGCAGCAAUGAUGUGUGUUGGCAUGCUGCUCUAUUUGUUGGUUUAGUUCUGCUGUCAUGAGUACCUCUGUGUAACUUGCUUGGUAUUAAGCUCAACUAACUUUACUGAUAGGAGCAAUCUUAUUUAACUUUAAGCAGAUUUACUACCAAAAUAAGCAAUCUACCAGGCUAGCCUGACUGUUUGCCUUUAUCUUCCCCUUUAACAGCUAGCAGUUGCUCUGAAAGGUUGAAGCAUGCAGUAUGGAGACUUAACUUGUAUAUGUUCUUGGACAAAGGAAGUAGACGAUAUGACCGCUGUGGUUGCUCAGUGGCUAUGGUGUUGGGCUGCUGAGCACGAGGUCGCGGGAUCGAAUCCCGGCCACGGCGGCCGCAUUUCGAUGGGGGCGAAAUGCGAAAACACCCGUGUACUUAGAUUUAGGUGCACGUUAAAGAACCCCAGGUGGUCUAAAUUUCCGGAGUCCCCCACUACGGCGUGCCUCAUAAUCAGAACUGGUUUUGGCACGUAAAACCCCAUAAUUUAAUUUUUUGAGCGUAGGCAUCCAAGCAGGCGUCCAAGACCAUUUGCCGUAUCAAGCACACGGAGCAGCCCGUGCCAUGCGCAGUAGGAGUUUACGUCAUUCCACUUUUGUGUGGCAAAAAGUACUAUGGGCAGACGGGACGUUGCUUUAACAUGCUCCCUCCGGGAGCACCAAGCUGCUAUCAGAAAUUCAACUGGCUAAUAUCUGGCCGUGCAUUGUAGAAUUUGCCAAUGCAAACCUUUGUUUGAAAAAACUUAAAUACUGUAUAAAAAAUUACUCCAUCUCUCGCUAAAGGGAACCAUGUGUGGUUGCGAAGCAGCGGGGAGUUGGUUAGCUUGAGCGGGAGAUAGUUUCGCGGCAGCGGCCCGAGCGCUCAUUGCGACGCUGCACAGGAGAGAGAAUGAGGCACGCGCGCUCCGUCAUUUUCAUACCGCGGAACUACCGUGGCGCCCCCAGCGGAGUAUGCAGCUGUCGCACCACCUGUCGUGCGCGCUGCCCCGGAUUUCUACAGGAGAAAGGGGGGAGCGUAGAAAAGGAAAGAGAGGGGGAGGAGACGCGCAUGCGCUGUGGGGGUGUGGCACGCGGGCGCCGCUUCGUAGAGGAU